AUGAACGUCAGUCUAUUGGAAUAUCUGCAAGUCGGCCCCCCACUGCUACCAAUAGCACCGAAUCCAGGUUACUCGAAAGAAAACACGAAGAACGCUAAAUACAAUGCUCGGGACAUUACAAGUGUGGGUUACUGGAGCAUCUUCAAUUUGGCCACUAUAACCGCCCAAAUAACCGCCCAAUACGGUAACAUUCUUGCCGGAGCAACCCUACCAUCCGAGCCUAUGCCAGCAUCUCCUCCGCAGGUGCUUACCUCGGAGACGAGCUUUCGAAACCGAUUCACCUUGUACCUAGAUUCUAGGAUAAGGCGCAGCCUUCGUGCAGGCUUCCAGUGGCUUCUCAGUCAGAACUCCAUUGAUGGAAACUCUGUUAGUAUGGCAGUAAUCAAGACAGGAAAGAGUUCAGACAGGCCUUGGCAUUGUGAGCUUGUAGCCAUACGCAGGCUUGAUGGCAAUGGAAAUCUUGAGCUCUCGGAUAGCAUACCCUGGGAGACGCAUGGUAGUGCAACCCACCCGGUGCUAACCGUAGCAUUGGCAUUGUGGUAUAUUGGAAUGCUCGCGUCUGACAACCGGAACUGGUUUCUACCAUAAUAGUAUUAACUGGCCACUUUUCUUUAUCG